AUUUUAUUUUGUCCUGACAGCUAAACAUCCCUUCUCAAAACUCUGUUUCUCUAAAUUAUUCUGGUUUCUCUCUCUGCAAUCUAUUUUUGGUUGAUUUAAUUUAUAAGGAAAUGCAAGACCAAGCUACUAGUUCUAUUGCAGCCAGUUCAUUGCCUUCAAGUAGUGAGAGGUCUUCCAGCUCCGCCCUUCACGUUGAAGUCAAGGAAGGUUCCUGUCUGGAAAGUGAUGAUGAAAUAAGAAGAGUGCCGGAGAUGGGCGGAGGUCCAAUAGUUUCCGGUAGUCGUCCGGUUCAAGUUUCAGGUGGGGGGCAAAGGAGGAUAGGUAAAAACCCAGCUGAAAGAGAAAACAGGAGAUUAAAACGGUUGUUGAGAAACCGAGUGUCAGCACAACAAGCUAGGGAGAGGAAGAAGGCAUACUUGAUUGAUUUGGAGGGUAGAGUCAAAGAUUUGGAAAAUAAAAAUGCAGAACUUGAAGAGAGGGUUUCAACUUUGCAAAAUGAGAAUCAAAUGCUUAGAAAGAUACUGAAAAACACAACUGCAACUGCAUCAGAGGGGUGAAAGUAAAGAAAAACAAAGGAGAAAUGUGGUUCUUUAAUACAUCAUUAGAAUUAGGUGGAUUUCUUCUUUUAGUUGAAACAAGCAUCAGAUGCAUGAAUGCUAUAGAAUGAUUAGUUGGAAGUAUAAAUAAUUGUAGGAGAAUAGUUGUAUUUUGUCCCUAACCUCUAUGCUUGAUUGACACAAGAGGAAAGAAAGAUAGUUUCGUGUUUGGGCAUGUGACAUGUGAGCCACUCGAAUAUGUAAAUUUUAUGACAAUAACAAAUUGGCAAAAUACACUAUGCUCAAAUAGUGCAUGUGGUCGUAUUCAAUAUAAUGAAUAACAUUUUAUUUUUUACUUA